GUCACGUUGAAUAGACGCAACAAAUGUGAUUAAUUAGUGACGACAUCGUUGAUUCCAAUCAGAUUUUGAGAUUUUAGUCCGAAGCCCUCAACGAAAGAAAGUCACGUGCAACUAAAAAAUGUAUUGUUUAUCCUUCACCCAAAUCCUCUUUUUUUAAUGGUAAGCGGAAGAUUUAACGUUUGGAUUUUUCAAAAUCUCUCGCAUGCAAAUAAAUACUCGUAGACGUGAUCCGCGAGACAAAUCCUCAGUUCUAGAAUGGUACAGGUGACAUCGUGUACUCCAAAAUGUAGACAUAGGAAUAUUACCGUCUGUUCUCUGUUGAGUACAAAUGACAUAAAGUAAAUGCUAGUGCAUGGGGGCAUUAUGAGCGGUGGCCCACAAGCACUGAAGGUUUGCAUGAACAUCACCUGUUUGAUGAAAUGGCCCAUCAGCUCACUCGCCAGCGCUACCAUUCGUGAAUCCCCCCCUCCUCAUUUCUCUAGCGCCCUUGCUUCUGCUGUUCUUUUUUCUUUUGUCAUCAAUGGAGAUCAUCAGCGGGUUCGGCUCGCCUCAGUCGUCGAAGCAGCGGCUCGAUGGCUGGACAUAUUUGGAUGUACCCAGUGAUAUUACAAUUGAUGUUAAUGGCAGGAGCUUCACAUUGCAUAAGUUUCCACUUAUUUCUCGAUGUGGUCGAAUACGAAGAUUAAUAUCAGAAUGCAGAGAUCCCAGCACCUCAAAGUUAGACUUUCCGAAUUUACCCGGUGGCCCUGAGUCAUUCGAGCUGGUUGCAAAAUUUUGCUAUGGCAUAAACUUUGAGAUAACAACUUCUAAUGUCGCCCAAUUAUAUUGUAUAUCUGAUUAUCUUGAAAUGACAGAAGAAUAUGGGAAGGGAAAUCUCACUUCUCGUUCAAAAUCUUACCUUGAUGAUAUUGUAAUUAAAAGCCUUGAGAUGUCUGUUGAUGUCUUGCAUCAAUGUGAAGCCCUGCUUCCCCUUUGUGAAGAACUUAAAAUAGUUGGAAAAUGCGUCGAUGCAAUUUCUUCAAAGGCAUGUGUCGAACAAAUAGCCUCAAGUUUCUCACGCUUGGAAUAUAGUAAUUCUGGAAGGCUUCAUAUGAACAAGCAAACAAAAGAUUGUGGUGAUUGGUGGAUUGAAGAUUUAUCUGUACUUCGGAUUGACAUGUAUCAGAGAGUUAUAGAAGCUAUGAAGGGUCGAGGAAUUCGUCCUGAGAGCAUUGGAGCGUCAUUGGUGAAUUAUACAGAAAACUUAUUGAAGAAGAAAAUCAUAUUAUGGAAUACAAGCGAUGAAAAAUUGAUAGUUGAAACUAUUGCUUCUCUUCUGCCAGAAGAAAAACUUGUUGUGCCUAUGAGUUUUAUGUUCGGAUUGUUGAGAUCAGCUGUGAUGCUUGAUUGUGCACAUUCUUGUAGACUAAGUCUCGAGAGGAGAAUUGGGUCACAGUUGGAUAUGGCAACUCUUGAUGAUCUCUUGAUACCUUCCUCUCAGAAUCUAGGAGAUACAAUAUUCGAUGUUGACACUGUUCAUAGAAUACUUGUAAUAUUUUCUCAGCAAGAUGAUAGUGAGGAAGAGGGCUCUGUCUAUGAUUCUGAUGGUCUUCAACCACCAUCUCAAACUGCAUUGGUCAAAGUAGGGAAGUUGGUGGAUAGUUAUCUUGCUGAAAUUGCACCAGACGGUCACCUUACACUUGCCAGGUUUAUUGCUAUUGCAGAUGCAUUGCCGAGUUAUGCACGUGUAACUGAUGAUGGAUUGUAUCGUGCAAUUGAUAUCUACCUCAAAGCACAUCAAGGAUUGUCAGAUUUGGAGAAGAGAAGACUCUGCAAGCUUAUUGAUUUCCAAAAGCUUUCAGAGGAAGCCAGUGCUCAUGCUGCUCAAAACGACCGACUUCCCCUUCAAGCAAUUGUCCAAGUCCUCUAUAUAGAACAGUUGAGACUUAGAGACUCUUUAUCCUGUUCCAAUCCUGACGAUGACAAGAAUCACAAAACAAUGUCAUCACUCUCUCCUCGAGAUAACUAUGCAUCUUUGAGGAGAGAGAACCGCGAAUUAAAGCUUGAGCUGGCGAGAAUGAGGGUAAGACUCAAUGAUCUUGAGAAAGGGCAUGCCUUCAUGAAAAGGGACUUGGAAAAAUCGGGCUCCCAAAAGCUUAUAAAUUCUAUCUCGAGGAAGUUUGGAAGGUUCAGCCUCUUUGGCCGCAGUCCUUUCACUAGAUCAAACUCGCCAACUCAAGGAGAAGAUGGUAGAUCUUAAACAAGGUGAACUAUGCGUGUGUGAUUUUUCUUCGGUAUAGGAUUGCCAUUUGGGAACCAGAAUGGACGUGUAAUAUCAGUCGAUACUUGAUACUGAGCUUGUGUGAGAAUGCUUAAUAAAAUCAAAUCUGUAAAUUGUGGUAUUGUUUUAUGGUAAAAGUUGUUGCAGACUUAUUUGACGAUCA